CAAGGGUAAAUGAAUAUGUCGCCCUUCGCAACUGAAGAAGCCGCGCGGACCGGCACAAGAAUGGAUGAAAAAACAGAAACGAAUGCUGUGGUUCGUAGGCGAGGGCAAGGCUUGAGCAAGACGAGACGGAGAGCCAGGGCAGUGCCGAGGACGCCAUUAGUGCGUGCAGGACGAGGGAAGCGCGAGAGACCGAUCCAUGCUUUGCAAAUACAACGACGUCGGUCGGGGCAGGGGAGGAUGGAGGGAGAUGGCGAUGGCGUCGCCAACACCAGCAGCACCACCACCACCACCAAGGAGCCACCACUGCCGCAAUCCGCAGGGGCGACCUCGAAUGGUGCCGCGGCAGAGAAUGACGCUGUAGGUGGGAAUAAUGUCCGGCCUCAUUCUCUGCCUACAGGGUUGGCCAAGGAAGCCGCGCAGCUCUUCCAUGCCCGUGCCUACCAGGGGUGUUUGCUUAUUCUGCACCAGCUGCAACUGCACAACGAUGAGGAUCCUAAGGUACGACAUAACAUUGCUGUUGCAGAGUACUAUCGGGAUGGCUGCACAAACCCUCAAAAACUUCUGGAAGUGCUAUCUCAAGUGAAGGCCCGUAAUGAAGAACUAGCUCGGGCUGCAGAACAGCAGCAGGAAGGAAAUGGUUCGGCUUCAACCUCUGGUAGCACCAAUGGCAGUGGUGGGGUCUUUAACGCCACGCGUACGAAUAGCGCGGAUGUUGUUGCGUACAUGGACGACUACGAUACAUCGAUUCCCAACUUGAACACUGCUAUUACGAUGUACCACCUUCAAAGAUAUGCUGCGGCGAUGUCUGUCUUGGAGCCUCUUUACCGCAACAUUGAACCAAUCGAUGAGACAGCGGCACUAGGAGUGUGCCUUCUCAUGCUGGACAUCACUCUUGCUUCUGGUCAGCCCGGGAAAGCAGCGGAAGUUUUGCAUUAUAUGGAAAAGGCUUUCGGGUACUUGUUACCUCCUGCGGAGAAUUAUAAUUCAGCAUCCUCCGUGCCAAGUUCCACACCUCCUGAGACCGAAUUACUUAUUACCAAUACUGAGAAAACUCUGGCCAGGACUUCGUCUGAUGAAGGCCUAGAAGAGGAUCCUGUCACUCUUGGAUCUCUAGAGAUAGAUUCCAGUCAAAAUCUGGGCAAUAAAGCUACAACUGCGCCCGUGGUUGCAGGACGGGAGAAACCUAUGCCUCCGGUAGAUGUGAAACUGCUCUUACAUCUGUACAGAAUUCGCUUGUUUAUCUCUGCACGGAAUCUGAAAGCCAGUAAAAGAGAGAUCAAAUCUGCUUUGAACCUCUCCCGGGAAAAUAUGACUGCGUUGCUCCUCAAAGCACAGAUGGAGUAUUCUCGUGGAAACUACCGAAAAGCCAUUAAGCAGUUGACCAUGUGUAUAGGACGAUCUGAUCCAAGUAUGCGAGGAAUAUUUCUUUCCAACCUUGGGUGUAUUCAUCAUCGACUUAGAAAAGACCAGACUGCAGCUCUGUACUUUCGGAAGGCACUCCAAGCUUGUGCAUCAUCAGAGCGCAACAAUUCCCUGUCUGCGAUGUCUUUUUCGCAAGACAGGUCGCUACCUAUCGUCUAUAACGCAGGGUUGCAGCAGCUUUCAUGUGGGAACCCAAUCCGGGCCUUUCGUUGUUUUCAGGAAGCUGCUUCUCUAUACUACAAUCGACCCUUGUUAUGGCUACGAUUGGCCGAGUGUUGUAUUGUUGCUCUAGAGAAGGGUCUUUUGGAGAAUACUACAGCGAAGAGAGAAGUUGAGGUAACAAUUGUAGGCGAAGGAGAAUGGCGUCGUGUGGUGCUGCCUGGAGGGAGCCUUAACCCAACAGUAGUAAAUGGAUUUAAGGUAAAUGAACCAGAGGGAGAUGUACAGAUAUCUGAUGGUGGCGAAAAGUGGUUCCUUUCUGGGAAGCCUCACAAGCUGUCCCUUUCUUUUGCAAUCCAGUGUCUACAUACAGCGAUAUGUCUCUUUGAUCGCUGUGAUGUUAAGGCAGCCGAAGCUGCUGCUGAAGCAGCUGCUGCGGUGGCUGAGGUGAAGGACAGUGACGACAACAAGAGUACCAAGGGAGGCGAUCCGAUGGGGGGUGGGCCCAGCCCAACCGGAGAAGCCAAGGAUACUAAAUGUCUCUUAGCUGCGGUGGCAGCUAUGGAGGAACAAAAAAUGCAAGAAGCAGCUGCACUUCGGAUGUGGGCACUCGCGGCGCUCGCAUACUGCCAACUUGGAGUGAGUCAUCCGUUACGAGCUCUUCGGUCAGCAGAGCAGCUAUUGCGGCAGCCCUCCUGUGCGAGACCCUACCUGCUCCUAGGGCACGUGUACGCAGCCGAAGCUCUUUGCCAGUUGGAGAGACCUCAGGAAGCCCUGGAACAUCUCUCAACAUGUUUAAACGAGUCAGCAUCUGAACCUACGAGCUCAGGAACCGAAGAAGAGAGCCUCAAAUGGAAAUAUGGUGACAACAGUGAGGCAAGUGGCGAUGGCGAGGACGGUGCUACUUACACUGUUGGUGCUUUGGGCGAUGCGGCCAGUGUUGCACGAUUGACAGGAACCAGUGCACGAGUAUCACUCUAUAUAAACCUCGCCGCUGUCUAUGCAAUGCAAGGUAACCUACAGGAAGCACAUCGAUUGGCACAAGCUGCGCUUACAAUGGCUCCCACCAACUCCACAGCUAUGCUGGCUGCGGUGUACGUGGAGCUUAAACGGGAACGAAUGGCUUCAGCACUGGCGUUGUUGAAGCAGCACCGUCAUCUGUGUGUUGUGAGCUCCAGUAAAGGGCUGUCACAACUCAGCUGAAUGAUGUGACCGCUAGGCUACAAUUAGAUGUAUCAUUCAUGUGCAGACACUGGCAAGCAGCUGCUAACCAUCAGAAUUUUGUACCAUAACCUUACUUUUUUACGGGUUGGAGGAAGAAUGUCGGAAUUAACAACUCAUUGCCUCAAAAGCUUUCAUUCACUUGUGGUUGUUUUCCUCUAAGCAUCUAUGUUUGAGGUA